GGCCCGGAGUGGCCUUGGGGGCUUGUCUUUUUCUUUGCCUCCCACUCUCAUGAGCUUCUAAGAGGUGGGCAGCCGCAUUGCUUAAGAAAAUAGCAACCGGAAGACAAAGGCGUUGAACUCCUAGCAUCUGUGAUUCCAAGCCUCAGCCUUCCGGGGUUUUUCCUCGGCCUUUGAAGACAUGUCUGUCGCUUAUGACGAUUCCGUUGGCGUCGAAGUUUCCAGUGAUAGCUUCUGGGAGGUUGGAAACUAUAAAAGAACAGUCAAGAGGAUUGAUGACGGCCACCGGCUGUGCAAUGACCUCAUGAACUGUGUCCACGAGCGGGCACGCAUUGAGAAGGCCUACGCGCAGCAGCUCACGGAGUGGGCCAAGCGAUGGAAGCAGCUUGUGGAAAAGGGUCCACAAUACGGGACCGUCGAAAAGGCCUGGAAUGCCGUCAUGUCCGAAGCGGAGAAGGUGAGCGAGCUGCAUCUCGAAGUGAAGGCCUCCCUGAUGAAUGAGGAUUUUGAGAAGAUCAAGAAUUGGCAGAAGGAGGCAUUUCAUAAGCAGAUGAUGGGGGGAUUCAAGGAGACCCGCGAGGCGGAGGAUGGAUUCAGGAAGGCCCAAAAGCCCUGGGCGAAGAAGCUCAAGGAGGUGGAGGCGUCCAAGAAGGCGUACCACGCCGCCUGCAAAGAGGAGAAGCUGGCCGUGUCCCGGGAGAGCAACAGCAAAGCAGACCCUGCGCUCAACCCAGAGCAGCUCAGGAAGCUCCAGGACAAAGUGGACAAGUGCAAGCAGGAUGUGCUGAAGACCAAGGAGAAGUACGAGAAGUCCCUGAAGGAGCUGGACCAGGGGACCCCCCAGUACAUGGAGAACAUGGAACAGGUGUUCGAGCAGUGCCAGCAGUUUGAGGAGAAACGCCUGCGCUUCUUCCGGGAGGUGAUGCUGGAGAUUCAGAAGCAUCUCGACCUGUCCAACACUGCCAGCUACAAGAACAUCUACAGAGAGCUGGAGCAGAGCAUCCAGGCAGCAGACGCUGUGGAGGACCUCCGGUGGUUCCGAGCCAACCACGGCCCGGGCAUGUCCAUGAACUGGCCCCAGUUUGAGGAGUGGUCCGCGGAUCUGAACCGGACGCUGAGCAGGCGAGAGAAGAAGAAGGCUUCGGACGGCGUGACUCUAACGGGGAUCAGCCAGACGGGCGACCAGGCCCUGCCCAGCAAGCAUAGCAGUAACCUUAGUGUCCAGAGUGACACAGUACAGUCAGUGCAGUCACACUCCAGUUACAACCCCUUUGAGGACGAAGACGACACGGAGAGCACUGUCAGUGAGAAGGAGGACAAUAAGCCGAAAAAUGUCAGCAGCUAUGAGAAAACCCAGAGUUACCAGACCGAGUGGUCUGACGAGGAAGCCAAUAAUCCAUUCUCCUCCACGGAUGCAAAUGGGGACUCCAACCCAUUUGAUGAAGACGCCACCUGUGCGACCGAGGUGCGGGUGCGAGCCCUCUAUGACUACGAGGGCCAGGAACACGAUGAGCUGAGUUUCAAAGCCGGGGACGAGCUGACCAAAAUCGAGGAUGAAGAUGAGCAAGGCUGGUGCAAAGGACGUUUGGACGGCGGCCAGGUCGGCUUGUACCCAGCGAAUUACGUCGAAGCGAUUCAGUGACCCGGCAGGAAGCCAUCCCCGACGUGCUGCCCCCACAGACGUGUGUGUGCGUGUGCGUGUGUAUGUGUGCGUGCGCGCGCGUCUGCAUCCGUGCCGGCGGACACACACGUGGUGUGGAGAACGUCCAUAUUUCUUUUCUUGCACAGGAUGAUGGUUCUGUUGCUUUGGGCUUCAGGGGCGUGUGCCCUUGGAGACAGACGAGUUGGUCACGUCACUGGGGGUUUGUGAGACCCUCUUCCUGAUGCAGAUCUGGAGGUCUGAGUGUGAAAGGCAGUACAACCAAGAAAUACCCAGAGUCCUUUUCUCCCUGGCUAGCUUUCUUAUCAUGGAUUCCAAUAAUCCUUCCCACAUCUUUCUCUCUUUUCUUUCUCCAAUUGAAUGGUGGGUUCAGCUGAUUAUUUUUUUGUUUAAUUGAUUAUUUUCCUAUGUCAUCUGCAUCUCAAAUUAAAAACUUACAGUUCAUUUUCUUAGUGAUACUUUUGAGAUGUGUUUUAUUUCAAGGCCCUGUACAGUUAGACUUUUUUAUACACCUUUUUGUCCUCCUGUUCACUUCUACUUAAAUUAUGGCACCAGUCCCCGAACGCUGAUCUCAAGUCGAGGAGGGCCCCGUGUCUGUGCGUGUCGUGCUGCUGCAGAGCGGCUGCAGGUGUAGGCGACAUCUGUCGCAGUGGAUCAUGGGAAGAUCAGAAAAUAUUAUGUUUGCCUCUAUCGUGAACGCGCUUGAUGCAUUUUUGGCAUUUAGGUGUGAGUUUCCAAAAUAGUCUUAAGUAGCACUCAAAAAUUCAGAGUAUUUCAGAGCUGUUUCCUCUAUCGGAUUGCUUCAGACUCCACUCUUUGCAAGUUGAUCAACAAUUUUGUCAGUGAUUUGGAAGGUUAAAAGGAUGAACACUAACUUUUCCAGAAAAUGCAACUGUAAAAUCAAUUGAGAAACUUUUUAUUAGCCUCUGUGUCAUGUCUCCGUGUAUAUGUGUGUAUAUAAUUUGAUAUUCAGAAAAUCUAAAGAGCAUGUCUACUGUUUUAAAAUUAGCUGGAAGACUUUUGACUGUGGAGCUGAUUUUGAGACUGCUUGACGACUGUUAAAUUAAGGCAUAUUUAAAUCUGCUCGGUGGUCCCUACGAGUUCCACCCUACUGUAGUGGACGUGGCCGCUGAUCACGACCCCCAAAAGAGGGAUCAGUGGAGUCCAGGAAUCGGUCGGGGCUUCCGCUGCAGACUAGCAGCAGUCCCUCCGUGGGUUCUCAUAGCGGAACACUGUAAAAACUUGCUCCGUCUUGUUAGCGGUUACAGAGUACACGUGUCUCUAACGUUGUACCCAAACUGUCCGUUUGCGAUCAGUGGAAAACUAGGUCUUCCCCACAGCCAAGGAGUCAGUCAUUGCCAGGUAAGUGGCCAUGCUCCUGUGCAGGAAGCGGCGCUGGCAUUACUUUUGGGGGGGAGGGAGAAAGUCUUUAUUUUGUGUAACUAAAAUACUGUAGGCAUUGCUUAGCUAUGCUCUUUGCUUUAGGAAAUCAUAGGUUAUAUAUUCAUGGAACAUUUCCCACGAGUCUCAGUAGUUUGCUUGGAGUGGAUGUAUCUGUCAUGAAAACUUACCAUCAUAAUUCUUCAUCCACAAGCUAAAGAUUUGCCAAAAUAUUGUCAAAACCUCAGUUUUGGAGUCUCUUUGAAAUGCGUAUUUUAGAAAACCAAUAAACUAUUAAUCUCA